UUGGAAGGAUGGAGACAAGCCACCCUCCCUGUGUCACCAGUUUCCCAAAGACCCCCCCCCCUCCUUCAUGCUGCGGCCUUCAGGACUGUGACGACAGGCCCAGAAAGGCUGAGCAGCGAUGGAUGGAACAGGAUCAGAGCCUGAGGCAUCAGGAAUCCUCCACACACCCCAACCAAGGAGUAGAUUUCCUAAAACUAGGAAGGAAACAAGAAGAUGUAGAUGAAACGCAGCCAUCAUGGGGAUUUCAACGAGAAACUGUAAAUAAACAAGAGGUAAAGAGCAGCAGCAGAGGACAGAACCUCCACCGUGACAGCACAGAGGAUCAGACCGAGGCCGAUCAGGACCGUGUGCAUAAACGGCACCUGAGUAAAGUCCAGGCCCUCAGGGAGCAGAUGGAGGAACUUCAGCAGCGGUUUACAGACAGACAGAGCGAGUGGUCUGCGGUUCGAUUCCAUCUGGGGCUGCUGAUGAGGGAGAACUCUGAGCUACGAGAGAAACUCAAAGUUCGGCCAAAGAGCUGCCCAAGGGCUGCACAGACACACGCUGUGGACCAUCAGCAGACGCAGACAACGCAAUGUUCUGGAGAACAGAAAACAAGAACAGUCACCUUCCUUAAUGGUGACAUCAAACACAUUUUGGAGAAUGGGAAAGUGGUAUAUUACUAUGCUGAGUCGCAGACAACACAGACCACCCACCCAAGCGGUCUGGAGGUCCUUCGGUUCCCCAACGAGCAAAUUGAGAAGAGACACCCUGGGGGGAAGAGAGAGAUCCUGUUUCCAGACCAGACCAUCACGUAUGUGGAGCCUGACGGCAGCGAGGAGACGAUCUUCCCUGAUGGCACCAUCGUUCACCUUUCACAGUCUGGGGAGAAGAUAAUUGAUUUCCCCAGCGGGCAGAAAGUAACCCACACUUCCCAGUACAAGAGGAGAGAGUAUCCAGACGGGAGGGUUAAAACGGUUUAUCCCAACGGCCGACAGGAGACCAAGUACGCGUCAGGCAGAACACGCAUCAGGCACAAGAGUGGAGCUCAAAAGAACAGUGAGAGAGAGACAGAGGGGCAUGUGAGAGUGUAGCCUCAGGAGGAACUGCUGCUUUAAAUGGGGAUCAUGAAGUUCACACGAAUACAGUAUGGUUCAACAAUCACACAUUAAAGGAACUACAACAAAUAA